GAUGACACUACAUUAUUCCUAAAAGAUGAAAAUCAAAUCUCUAUUGCUAUUGAAACUAUCUCCAUAUUUUCCAAAGCUUCUGGAUUGUACUUGAAUAUUCCUAAAUGUGAACUUAUGGCGAUAAAAGAAUGUUCGAAAACAGCUUUGUGUAACAUUCCAAUAAAACAAGAAGUUCGUUAUUUAGGUAUCAUAAUAACCAAAAAUCAGGAAAGUAGAAUCACUCAAAAUUUUUAUCCUAUUCUAGAGAAACUCAAACGCAGAUUUAAUCAGUGGCUCUUAAGAGAUUUGUCGUUAAAAGGCAGGGUAUUAAUAACUAAAGCAGAAGGCAUCUCUCGUCUUACAUACGCUGCAUUGGCAUUGCACCUUGAUAAAAAACUUAUAAAAGAGGUUGAUAAGUUACUUUUCAACUUUAUCUGGAAAAAUAGGACACACUACAUUAAAAAAACAGUUCUUAUGAACUCCUAUGUCAAUGGAGGACUUAAUGUGUUGGAUUUUAACACUUUAAAUAACACAUUCAAAAUAAAUUGGUUGAAGAAUCUAAUUACUAAUCCUACUUCCAUUUGGAAUACUAUACCUGUGUUCAUGUUUUCUAAGUUAGGUGGCACUGAAUUUUUCCUUACUUGUAAUUUUGAUAUUGAUAAAAUCCCUUUAAAAAUCUCUGCUUUUCAUCGUCAAGCUUUUUUAGCAUGGACUCUUAUUUACAAGCAUAACUUUAGUCCACACAGUUAUUAUAUCUGGAAUAACAAGGAUGUUUUAUUUAAAAGAAAAUCUCUCUUCUUAGAUAGUUGGUUUAGGAAUAACAUUGUUUUAGUCAACCAAUUAUUUGAUUCAAAUGGUACGCUUUUCUCCUAUGAAGAAUUUUGUUUACAUUUCAAUUUAGCUAUAAAUCGUCAUGAUUAUACAAAAGUAUUUGGCUCAAUACCAUCAGGGGUUUGUAUGCUGUUUAAGAAUCAACCUAAUAUCACUUCAUUCCACAGGCCGUUGGCAUCUCCCAUACAAACUUUUGUUGGCAAGAUUUGCUUUUCUAAGCAAU